CCUCUCUAUCAAUUUAAACCCAAAGCGACAAACCGUGCGAAAACAAAAGAACAAUAAAAUUCAGAGAGAGAUUUUGAAAAAUUAGAAAGGAGAAAAUGUUCUUCUUCUUCGCUGGAGGAGUGGAGCAGCAGGUCCGGCAGGUGCUUAAAUCCAGUGCGGGCAGGUGCAUAGUGUGCAGGUCGCCGGCGGAUCUGGUGGACUACGAGAAGGUACUGAAGGUCUUCUUCGUCCCCGUAUGGCGGUGGCCCGGAAAGGAGCCUGUCAUGCACUGUAACAAUUGCAACCUCUUCUUCCCUCAGUCGUACUCUCUGCCGCCUCCGAAGACCGCCGAUGACUCUGCAGCGGUCUCGGAGGCUCUGCGGUGUCGUUUCUGCGAUCGGGUUGUGGAGCCGGAGUUCAGCUUCUGCCCCUUCUGUGGCUCCGCUCUAUGAACAUCAAUUGGUCCCUUCAUGACUGCUCUGUUUUGUGUAUCUUUGUAAAUUGGAAUAAAAUUAGAUGUUUCAGAAAAUUGGGUUUUGUUCUUCUUCCCAUUUGUGGUAAUGAAAUUGUUGAGAAAUGAAAAUGUAGCAGAAGGAAAUGAAAUUGGUAUCAGUUCGUCA